AUGGUGCAUCAAGAACACAUGCUGAAGGAUGCCUUGCCUCUUUUUGCCAGAUUCAUCAUCAGCAAUGGGAUAAGAACUAAACAUGGAGAAUUUGAGAUCAUCUUGGAGACAGUGGAUCGAGCUUUACCCAGCGUGGUCAAAAACAAGGGCCUGAGACUGUUUGAAGGCAGCACAGCAGUUCUUUCUCCAGAUGUUCUCCAACUUUCAGAUCCAGAUACACCACCACAAAAUCUUUCUUUUCUCCUAACACAGUUCCCACAAUACGGUCAACUCUAUAACAGGGAAACUGGAUCACAGCAGCAAAACUUCAGCCAACAAGAUGUGGACAAUCUGAAUGUAGCCUACAAACAUGGAGGAGGUGGUUCUCAGAUGGACAGGUUUUCAUUUAUGGCAACAGAUGGAGUAAACCAAGGUUUUCUUGUAAACAACAAGCUUCAAGUAGACCCCUUGCCAUUUAUUAUUCAGGUGGAUAGACCAGCAAACACAGCACCAGAAAUGGUUCAUCUUCAUACAGCUUCAGAUGUGGAACUUUUGCGCAAUGGCAACUAUGGAAUUUACAUUACAACGAGGUCCUUGAAAGCAUCAGAUUGUGAUACUGAAGAUGAUCGAAUUGUUUUUAAAAUUUUACGAGGACCUCAGUAUGGUUACUUGCAAAAUAUAACAACAGGAGAAAUUAUUCAAGAACAAUUCAGCCAGAAAGAUUUAAAUAGCAAAAUAAUAUUUUAUGUCGUUGAUCCUUACUGGGAGGAGAAUUCAGAUGAUCUGGAAUUUCAGGUUAUGGAUCCUGAAGGACAUUCUGCCCUCCCACAAAUGUUAGAACUAAAAUGGUCUAAAAUUGAACUGCAGAAGGAUGUGUAUGAAAUGUGUGAAAAUGAGGAGAUGCUAUCUUUAAAAAUCACCCGAUCAGGAUACAAGGGAGAUUCUGCUUUUGUGGCAAUGAAGGUUAACGAAAUGACUGCCUUAUCAGGAAAGGAUUUCAUCCUUCCUCCUUCCAAACUUAUUCAGUUUGAUCCAGGAAUGUCAACCAAGAUGUGGAAUAUAGCAAUUACCUAUGAUGGAUUAGAGGAAGAGGAUGAGGUCUUUGAAGUGGCUCUGAUCUCCCCUGUGAAUGCUGUUCUUGGCACUCGGACAAAAGCUACAGUGAGAAUUUUGGACUCAGAAGGAGGUCAGUGCAAUUCAUUCCGUUCCCCAAGCCAAAAUAUUCAGAACUUGUGGAUGAAAGAAAGACCGCUUCCAGGUUCUCCUUCAUCUUCCAGGCACAGUAGUGUUAAUUUGGAAGGAAUCCCGCUGCCCCUUUCCAAAGAGAUGAUAACACAGCGACGAGACAAGCCAGCCAAAUUCAGCUCAGUGAAUCUUGCGAGGAACCGGCUACGGGUCAUCGGAAAUGGCAAAGUAAUUCAUCCCUCUUUUAUUUUUCGAAAUGGCACAGAAGAGUUUUUCAAAUACCAUGGGAUGACAGGGCUAAAAGUAGAUGAAGACAAUUCUUUGCCUAGAAAAACCAAGUUGGGACCCAUAUCUUUAAGAAGCCAAAAAGAGCCAAAAAAAAAUGUAGCUUCCUCCAAGAAAAUGGAAGUUCUUCAAGCAGACUCCAGCAUUCUGGUUGACAGCAUUUCAUUUCCAAAUAGAUGCACACCAAAUUUGAAGGGUCUCUUGUAUUUUGAAGAAAGCAUACAGAAGAUGUUUCUGUGUAAUGGUACUGCCUGGACAUCAUGGAACUACUCAACCAAGGAUAUUAAAAUGAAAACUUGUCAGUCAGGAUGGACCUAUCAUGAUGGAAGAUGCUAUAUCCUAAUCACUGAGCCAAAAACCACAUGGGCAGUUGCUGCCCAAACUUGCAAGACACGGUACCAAGGCCAUUUAAUAAGUGUGGCUUCCAAAUCACACAUGCACUGGCUCUGGAACUUCAGUGGAAAAAGACCUUUUUGGAUAGGUUUGAAUGAUCAGCGAAACCCAGGUCAGCUGGAAUGGAGCAACAGAGAACAUGUCAUUUUCACAAACUGGAGAAGAGGCCCACCUCGGCUUUCAAAGCAAAGGAGAAACUGCAUUUUAGCACAACAGCAAGGAAAAUGGCAAAGAAAAAACUGCAGGAAGGGCAAAGCAUACAGUUAUAUAUGCUCCACAAAACUGUAAACACAACUGACAGACACUUACUUGGCUCUCUAUAUGAUAAAACAGUUUUAUUUUCAGGCAGUUGGAAGUGUUGAUGGAACUUAUAAACGGAUAGUUGUUUGGCCCAUUUGCAAAAAUUCCUAUGUGAGAAAAGGGUUCAAACGUGAUACAGGAUUUUGUUUUCUGCUUGCCAUUCUGU